UCAUCCUCAUGAUGCACGAGUCACAUUUAAGGGUCGUUCACUCGAUUUGCGAUUCAUCCACCGAUUGCUCAAUGGCUAUUGGGUGUGCGUUAAUCGCAGGCGGUAAAAAUGCUCCAUUAGAGUGAACUGCGAAGCCUUAAGGAAAAUUCUCACUGUAACCGAAAAAACUCUCCAAUCAGGCUUCUAAUCACAUCUAUGAAAUCGUAUUCGCGAGCCAUACAUGCAGUGAAAAGGGUUUCUAAGCAGUUAGUAAGUCUAAAGCUAAGGAAUAUAUUUUAACGAAGCUUGUCACAUACAUAAAUCAACCAAACAAAUUCAAACUAUUUUGUAUGAAAUUGAUUCAUGAUGUUUUUUAGAUGUACAAAUAUUUAUCUUUAACUUUUAUACAUUUUUAAUAAACGUACACAAAACUUCGUUGAAGCGAUGUCUGGAGCUAGGUGUGCUGUUGUGGGGUGCCAUAAUAAUUUGGUGGAUUGUGAUGAUACUAUACAAUACCAUAGAUUUCCAGACGACCCAAAAAUUAGAAGGAAAUGGGUGCAUUUUGUUGGCAAAGAGGAACAAUUGAAUCCAAACACCUCUCAUAUUUGUUCAAUCCAUUUUAAAUCUGACGACUAUGAAAAAGAUGAACUCUCUCUUAAAAAAAAAAUUCUGAAAAAUGCAGCAGUGCCCUCUCUUCUAAUAGAAAUUGAAAAUCAAGAAAAUGUAGAAUGCGAAGAAAAAGAGAUUUUAGUGUCUUCCUUGUAUCAAAGUGACUUAACUGAGUCUAAUGUGAUGGAACUUGAAAGUGAUUAUUCUGAAAACGAGGAGGAUGGAAGUUAUUUCGUUGAGAUGAUGAGCUUUGAUGAAAAAAACUUUGACUCUGAAAAUAAAAGUUGGGAAUGUAGCAAAAAGAAAAAAGUUGAUGACUGUGGUGUAUUUAAAGUUAUCGCUUGUCAGAUUUGCCACCGCAAAUUCUCAAGGAGGCUUGCUUUAGAGCAUCAUCUUGCCCGCAUCCAUCGGUUGAGUGAAGACAGAAUUAAUUUUUUUCUGAACAGAGUUAUGUAUCAUUCUGCUCAAAACUAUAAAUGUGACACAUGUAAGAAAGUUUUUUACAAAGAAGAUAAACUAUCAUCUCAUGUUUGUGUACCAGCAGUUGCUGUAAUGUGCGAAAUCUGUCAACAAAAGUUUACUUCAAAGACCGGUUUAAGAAGACAUUUACUAGCUGUCCAUCAGUUAGGGAAUGCAAAAGUAGAUGCAAUCAUGGAAGAGUUGGCAGAUUAUAACUCUAGGCUCUACAAAAAAUUUAAGAUUGCAGAGGACAUAAUUAUUUGUAGUUCUGAUGGACGUAUUAUAAUCAAAGAAGGUGGCUCUGAAUUCAAAACUAUUGAAGGUCCAAAGUGUACCAUUUGCAACAAAUCAUUCCUCGAUGAAAGUACAUUGAAAACUCAUGUUUGUGAAUGUAUCAUUGAAGUUUCUUGUCAAGUCUGUAAAUACAAGGCUCCUACGAAAUAUAAUUUGAAGCGUCACUUUAUCCUUAGGCAUAAACUGUCAGAAAUUGACAUCAAUUUAGCAAUGGCAGAAUUCAACUGCUAUAAUGAAAAAUGGAACUUGAGGACACAUGAUUCCAAUAGUAAACUUAAAAAGAAGGCUUCUAGUCGAUUAACGAGAGCUAAAAGUUAUAACUCUUUUCGUACGAACUUCGAUAGCUCUAAAUCAUUUCGAGCGAUUGCGCCUAAAAAUGCUCCUGAUUUUCAUGAUGAAGAAAGAGCUUUUUCAAGUAAUGAUGAGCAGUAUAUUCUUCUCAAUGAUGCAAAGACUUGUAAAAUUUGCUACAAGACAUUUGAAAGUAAUUCUCUUUUUGAAAAGCAUUAUUGUGAAUUUAAUGCUCGGUUAAAAUAUGACUCUGCAAAACAAUUUAAAAAAGGGAAGAUUAAAACAGAAGUUAAAGUUGCACGCAAAUUAAUUUGUGAGAUAUGCCAAAGCGAAUUUUCUUUGAGAAUCGCUUUGAAGCGUCAUCUUUUACGCUCACACAACUUAAAUGCAGAUGCUAUAGACGCGUUCUUGGAAAGAACUUCAAAUGACAUGGACGUUUCAGAUUGCGAGGUCCAUAAAGAAGAAUUCGACGAUUCAGUUAAUUUAGUAUCCCACGCCAUUAAACCUAUAAAUUGUGAAAUUUGCCAUCAAAAACUCUAUGCGAAGAGAGAUUUAAAGGGACAUCUUAUAAAAUGUUUUAAAAUGAAAGAAAGCUCCCUCAGUUUAAUUUUUGACGAAUCAAAAGACUACUAUGCUAAAUUCUACGAAAGAGAACAAAAUAGGUAUGACUUGGCUAUAUCUAGUUCAGAUGGAAGGUUCGUUUGUAAAAAAAGGGAAUCUGCAUUCCUUCCUGUUCCUGGGCCAAGGUGCAAAAAAUGUAAUAAAGCAUUUGUUGAUGAAUUCAGAAUUGUGGGACAUGAAUGUGCUUAUUUUAUUAAAAUUAUGUGUAAAAUUUGCAACAAGUAUACUGCUCCAACUAAAUACAAAGUAGUACGUCACCUCAUGCAAGUUCACAAACAAAGAAAGGAUGACAUUCAUUUUCUGAUGAAAGAAUUCAAGGGUUACAGUGAACGGUUGAAUCUUCGAGUUAAAAAGUGGCCUGUCGAUCGUCCUGUCGAUAAACUUAGCCCGAGCAGGGAAAUCUUACGUGUUCGAGUAAAAGACAGGUCCUCUGAUUUUUUUGAAGAAGACAAGGAAUCUUUGCUCAAAACGAAAGUGUGCGUAAAAGAGGAGAAGAAAUCCUCUGACAGUGAUUGCUCUUACUCAUCUCAAGCUAUUGCAAAUUUUGAUACCAAAGCAGAAAUUACUGAUUCAGAUUGUGAUUCAGGACACCAAGUCUUGCUCACGAAUUCUUCCAAGCAAUCAGAUGAUUGGGAACCAGAUGAAGUCUCUUCAGAAACGAAGAUAAUCAUUUGUGAAAUCUGCAAGCGUCAAUUUUGUCGAAAGUUGAGCCUGAAGAAGCACCUCAGUAACAUUCAUCGCUUGAGAAACAAAGAAGUUGAAAAUUAUCUGUGUAGAAUUGCCUACGAAAGUGUGGCUAACUUUAAAUGCAAUGUAUGCAAGAAACAAUUUUACAAAGAAAGUAGAUUGAAUUCACACGACUGUACCCCGGCUAUUGCUGUUUUAUGUGAACUCUGCCAGAGUAAGUUGACUUCAAAAAUCAGCUUAAGAAGGCAUCUUCGACUUUCUCAUAAAUUAGAAGAAAGCAAAAUAAAUUCAAUAUUGGAAGAGUUGUCAGGUUUCAAUUCCAAGUUCUACAAAAAACGAAAGAUUCAAGGAAAUGAAAUAGCUCUUACCAGUUCCGAUGGGCGUGUCGUCAGAAAGAAGAAUAACUUUCGACUGGUUCUGUACUCCGGUCCAAGAUGUAAUGUAUGUUAUAAAGCAUUAAGCGGAGAAUCAGCAGCACACGAAUGUGCUAGACAAAUUGAAAUAGGAUGUGAAAUCUGUAAAUACAAGUCUCCUUCAAAGUAUAACUUAAAACGCCAUCUUAUGCUUAUUCAUAAAAUAUCAGAAAAUGAAGCCAAAUUAGCAAUGCAAGAAUUCAAUCGCUACAGCGAAAAAAUGGAACUAAGGGAAUAGUUGGGCAUGUCAUAACCAAAGAUGCUACUAAAUUGCAGAAGAAUUAUUUAUCUGGCAUGCUGAUGACCAGUAGGUUGUUGUGUCAAGCUCGUAUGAUACUAAAAUGCUUCUACUCCACGAAAUAUAAAGAUUUCACAAAGCAAAUUCCACUCGUCACUAUUAAGCAUUUAAACAAAUGACAUAGUUGAAAAUGCAAAAAAAAAAUCAUUUUCUUCAAAAAUUAUAUAAAUGUUGAAAAAAAAACAUUUCACUCUCAAAUAUAGACACCCAUUCUCAAGACCUGUCUGGUGUAAAUGAGAGGGGAAUGAAAAUUAAUAAAGGUGUAAAACAAAACUAGAAAAAACCAUGUUAACUUAUAGAUGCAAAUCUGAACAGGAUACAUUUGCAAGUGAAGAAGAAUUUGUGUCUUCAACUAGGGAAUCAUUCAUAUAACAAGAUUCCAGAUCAUCAAGAUGAGCUGAUGUGCCUAGAGUUGGAAAGAAUUUUGGCAUUUCCAAAAGUAAAUGUAAGGUUAAGGUUCAAACAAUGAGCAGCAAUUGAUGAUUUAUUGAAUUCUUGAUUGACAUAUUCUCUAAAUCAAAAUUUUAAAGUAUCUGUUUCACCUGAUAUAGCCAAGGUUGGAUUGGUAUUUUGCCCUGAUUUGUAUAUCAAAGCUUCCACAAUUUAUUCUAAUCUUCUCUUUGCCCUUUAUUUAUUUCUAAUUUUUUCUAGGCAAAUUUAUCAUUGCUAUCAAACUUGUUUUUUUUUUUUUCUGAUUCACACCUGGCAGGUUUUGAAUGGGCAUUUAUUUUUUAACACUCAAAAUUUAUUAACUUUUUUCACCUUUUUAAUUUUUGAUAAAAUUAAUUUUAAUUAUAUCAUUCUGCUUCAGUUUCUUGGGAUUAUAAAUCUAAAUUUCAAGAUAAGCAGUGGCACAAGCUGUAUUAAAAACUUCUCAGAAAACAAUCUACCAUUGCGGUAAUUUGUCAAUUGCGUACUGGGUUGAUUAUUAUUAAUUAAAAAAACAUUAACCUUUAAUUGAAGCAGGGUUGACAAGGUUUUUGACAGAAUUAUUAAAUCAUAGUUCACAAUAAACUUGCGUAAAUUGUUAAAUAUGUUUUUGUUAAUUGUUAACUAUUUUUGUUUUGUUAAUUGCUAAGCAACACAAAGAAUUAUAAAUUAGUUAUAGAUAAGGUAAAAAACUAUAGGUUAAUUUAUAAAUAAAUGUGGAAUGACUUCUUUAAGAUAUAUUUAAUAAAAAGGCAACUGAAUUCAAAAUAGUUGGUGUUAACCUAUCUGUCUUAAACUAUCCAAAACUAGAUAUAGAAUUGUUAUAUGUGAACAAUUCCUAACAGUUACAAAGUUGGUAACAAAAUUUGGUGAAAAAUCAAAAAACAUUGAAUUCGUUGUCAAUAUUAGGACUCGAGGAUCUUGCCUGAGUAUUUUUUUAAGAAAAAGCUGGCUUUAAUUCUAAUGAUUCAAAAUUUAAUUAGUAUUAAAAUUGUAUAAAUUUUUAUUAAUAUUUGAGUUAACAAAAUAUACAUUUACAUAUUUGAUAAUUAAUUAAUGUUAUCUUAAAUUGUAAAAUUGAUUGAACUUUUGAUGUUAUACCAGUAGAAACUUUUUGAUUUCUUUAUUACUGAAUGAAUUGGGAUGGCCCAGUCGUUAAGGCACUAAAUUCUCAUUGUUAAAAACUGGUUAUUAAUUACCAGUGACAACUUGAAGCCCUCACAGCUUCAAAUGGAUAGGAACCAGCUUGUGUGGGAAGCAAAAGCAGUUAGUGCACAAUGCUGACCAACCUUGCUGCAAUCAUGCUGUUGGUCAUGAAAUGGUGGAGCCUUAACCUCCAUGACCCCCUAUGGGCUGUUGAGGGAAAAUGCUUGUAAUAUUUUACUUUUUAUUAUAAAUAUUUAAAAUAUUAUGAAAAAUUUAAUUAUGUACUUAUUCCUUAUAUUCAAUAGGUGUAUAGUAUAUGGUUUUAAAUGCUUUUACUAAUUUAGAGUUGUAUUUUUUGGAGACUUAAAUAUACUUUUGGACAUUAAAUCACAUAUAUCCUGUCUAAACCCAGACUCAAAAUCCCAACCUUGAUUUAUUUAAAAAAUAAAUACUUUUACUAUGUUUCAAAAUAAUAAAAUUGGCAUUGUUGAAAAAUUACAUUGAUUCCACAAAAGAAGAAAAUAUGGUAAAUACUAUAGUGACCAACAAAAAAAUAAUAAAGACUUUAUAAAUUUUUUCUAUCAAGCACUGUUGCUUCAUUGAACUCAAUAAAGCUGAAUUUUGAAGAAAAAGCAUCUAGGGUUUAUUCUCUUAAACUCAUUUGCUCAGCAUGGAUCUUUUUUUUUUUUUUUUAAAUAAUAAUUCAUUCUUAUUGGAAAUGGGGUAUGGUUAAGAAGUUGUAUAAUUAGACAUAAACUGACUCCUGUAUUUUUGCAAAUAUGAAAUGUAGUGAAAAUAUAAAGCUGUUUUUAUAACUUAUUAGUUUUGUCUAUCAUAAUGUAUUGAUUCUUAUAAAUAAACAAUGUCCAAUUUUUUUAUCAAAA